UGACCGGAAACCUCAGUAGCAGACCACCGUAGCUAUGCUCAUAAACAUAAUAGGAAAAGACACCCCUAUAGCCUCAGGUCAGUUGCCAUUUCUGGGCCUGCCCGCUCUCCCACCUCCAGAGUGUGCGGUUCUUCAUGAACUGCUUUGCGCUUGCCACCUUCCUUCUGGCUGUCUUUACUUAAGCGCGGAUCCUCGGGUAAAUCUUCCGUGGGGAAUCCAAGAACCGAGACUCCAUUCACACAACGCAGAGUCUCCCACCAGUAACACGAACAAGUCCUCAAGUUACACAAGAUUUCAUGGCUCAUGGCGGCCCGUAUUUUUUGUUAUUUAAACGAAUCCCUGCAUAACCCAUGAAAGUUUCAGUUUAGGAUGACUUCCUAGAACUAGAAUUGUGCUUUUUCACAUUUUUCCCCUACAAGUCCACGCGUGUCUCUGGAGAGGCUGAUGCCGCAAGGGAUUCUGGGGAGCGUAGUUCUGGUUUAGGGCAAGCCCAGACUUCUGGCGCAGAGCUGGGAUAUCGGAAAUAGCCGGCGGUGAGAAGGUAGCGACACAAUUUUCCGCAAACGUCGCUCACGGGCGCGCCUGCGCGACGUACGGGGGCGUGGCUUCCCUUUCCCACACGAUUGGCCAGCUGUCUUCCGGGCACGCGCAAACGGCUCUUUUGACCCCCCCCCUCCCCGCGCCUUCCCUAUGGUGUCUGGGAUUUGUAGUUCAGACUCCCACCCUAAUUCAGCCGCGGGUUGGCGGCUCGGAGUUCCGAAGCCGUCCCCACCUUCGGCUCUUGGCUGGGAGGAUGGAUCCAGGACCCGGGACCGACACGGCGCCGCUGACUGGCCUGGCCUGGUCGUCGGCCUCGGCGCCUCCGCCGCGGGGAUUCAGUGCGAUCUCCUGCACCGUGGAAGGGGCGCCCGCCAACUUCGGCAAGAGCUUCGCGCAGAAGUCUGGCUACUUUUUGUGCCUCAGUUCUUUGGGCAGCCUAGAGAGGCCUCUGUGUCCAAGAAGAAACGCAUGUGUGUGAAGCUGAUGCCCCUGGGGGCUGCAGACACGGCCGUGUUCGAUGUCCGGCUGAGUGGGAAGACCAAGACGGUGCCUGGAUACCUGCGAGUAGGGGACAUGGGGGGCUUUGCCAUUUGGUGCAAGAAGGCCAAGGCCCCAAGGCCGGUGCCCAAGCCCCGAGCUCUCAGCCAGGACAUGCGGGGCCUCUCCCUGGACCCGCAUGCCCAGCGCAGCAAGGGUGGCUUUCCAGAGCGGACCCUGUCCAGGUUAGGCUCUCGGGCGUCUACUCUGCGGAGAAGUGACUCCAUCUAUGAGGCUUCCAACCUCUACGGCAUCUCAGCCAUGGAUGGUGUUCCCUUCACACUGCACCCCCGGUUCGAGGGCAAGAGCUGUGGCCCCCUGGCCUUCUCUGCCUUUGCCGAUCUGACCAUCAAGUCGCUGGCAGAUAUUGAGGAGGAGUAUAACUACGGCUUCGUGGUGGAGAAGACAGCAGCUGCACGCCUACCCCCCAGCGUCUCGUAGCUCUUGGUCAGCCCCAGGGAAGAGCCCCCUGCCCGGCACCCCCACCACCCCAGGACUGGCAGCCACCCCAUCCUGCAGCAUCUUGGGAACCUUGGCGGCGCAGGGCGUUCUAGAGCCUCAGCCACCCAACAGAGCCACAGCCCUGGAGAAGGAGCAGGACCGACCGGUCUGCUUGGUGAUGGGGUCUCUCGCCCCCGGGGCCCUGCAGGGCAGGGGUGGGGGCUGGACGGAAACCAGUGCCUUCAAGUCAUUUGUGUCAAAACUCUCUGGUGCCUGGAGGCCACGCGGGCGUCCUCCUGGCAAUAAACACCACCCCGUGCCCACUG